CAGGACCCCAGGCAGCCACAAGGAUGCCUGAGUAAAAUCAAACUUGCGUCAUUCUCGCGGGCAACCUACUUGUUUUGGGGCCUAGUUGCCACAAAGCUGUCAGUGCUAAAGGAAGUUAGCUAGCUCGAGCGACCGAUUUUUAGCUUUUAAUUGCUUCUGUUCACAAAAGGGACCAGACCUUUGUGAUUUUUGAGGUGGAUAAUCGCGAGACAACAACAGUGGCCAUGGCUAUGAUUAUGACUGUGGAUCAGUUGGAGACGAAAACGUUGUUACUUCAGGAGUCCUUGAAGACUGAAGAAGACCUGUUGGAUUAUGAAUGUGAGGAUGAAAAACAUACGUUUGAGUCUCCAAAUGACUCAGUUUGCUGUGUAAAUGAAACUGCCAGAAAGAGGAAACUAUGCCAAAACGGCUUGGACUGUCCCAGACCAUUUAAAAAGCCAGUGGUAGUGUUGACUAGACUUCCUGAAUAUAAGGUCAGGUCUCUGCGACCACCAACGCCUCAGCAGUUCUACAGUGAAGAUGAGUCUCUCAGCAGCUCUGAUUCAGAUAUGCAGUGGGAGCCAGAAGUUGAUUCCAGUGAUUCAGAUUUUUCACCCUCUAACAGUACACAGAAACCUGCAGGAAUGAACAAAUGCAGUGAGAGCGACAGAACACCACCACCUGCUUCACCUGCGAGCACCAGCACCAAUGCGGCAGAUGUGGCUCCUGUUAUAAUAUCAUCAGUGUUUGGCCAUUCCUCCAAGGAAAUAAUAACUGCCCGACCUGAGGCACCAAAGGCAGAACUCAAAUUGAACAUGGUAGUUCUGGCUAGGAGAAGACCUAUGAGGUGGCAACGGGGGAAAAUAGUCGAGAUAGUUACAAGGGAAGACGGACGGUUGAAAUACAAAGUCAGUUUUGAAGAAAAAGGGAAGAGUCUAGUAUCUGGACACCACGUUGCUUUUGACACCACAGCAAAGGUGGAGCAGCUGUAUGUUGGUGGCCGUGUGGUGGUUCAGUGUCAAGAUAACAAGUACCGGUUCCAGCCUGGUGUCGUAGGCGAGCUCCCCAGCAGAAAGAACCGCUUAAGGUUCUUGAUCUUUUUGGAUGAUCACACGCCGGUCUAUGUUGGGUUACCUUUAAUUCAUUUGGUUUGGAAACCUUUGGAAAACGUUGCAGAUGACAUUCCAGAGGGCCCUCACAAAGACUUCAUAGAACAUUACCUGAAGAAGUGGCCGUACCCUCAGUUAACCCAGUACAGGCUUGGACAGACCCUUAAUGCUGAAUUGAACGGAGUCCUGCAAAAGUGUGAAGUGCAGAUUAUUGACUGCAGCUUAAUGCAGGUUGUCUUUCAGGAGAGUGAACAUAAGGAGUGGAUAUACCGAGGUUCGUCACGACUGGAGCACAUGGCAAAGUUUUUGGAGAUGAAACACAGAGAACAGCUUGAGUGCGACUCUGACUGAACGUCUCCUGAUGCAGUAGCUGCAAAAAUUGAAACUAUUUUACAAUCGGACGAGAUGCCUUUUUUUUUUUUUUUUUUUUUUUUAAAUUCUUUUUUUUGUGGAGAACCAGCAGCCAGUAACAAAUGAGUGCGAUGGUACAAAUGAGUGACUCGAGCAUACUCAUUUUAAGCUGUUCCAGCUUGAAACAGGUUUUAUUUCUCCUUUUUUUUGUAUUUACUUUUAAUGUACAGACUUUAAGAAAUAUAUAUAUAUGUAGUUGGUGGAUUAAUGCAUUUCCAAAUGUUUGUCCAACAUAAACAAUUUACUCAAUAAUCGUUAUAGUCAUUUUCUGUCCUUUUUUUUUUUUUUAAAAACACUUUGCAGUGUACACUGAUUUAUGAUUGAAAUGUGUCCUGUGCUGAGACGGGAUAAACAUUGUGUAACUUGGUUUCAGGUAUCCCCCCCGUAUUAUUUUAUCCUGUAGAUGUCUGAAGUAAAAAAACAGAUUUUCAUAGUGAGAAUUUUGAAGGAAUGGAGCUUAUGCUUUGAAGCAUUAGUUAAAAUGUGUUAGUUUUAAUGCUUGCUGACGUUCAGAAACAUUACUGUAUAUCACGUUUUCAGUGACUGUCUUCACACAGGAUGAUUUUCUGACAUGCCCUUUUUCUUGCUACUUUUCAACUCCAUAACUCAGGAACUGAAUUGGAUACUGAUGGGUGAUGCAGUUCAUGUCUGCCCACCAUAAUAGUGUCAUUUUUCUGUUCUGCCACAUUGAAAGGGCGUAUGCAGAUUUUUGUGAAUAGUAUCGACUGUUUAGCCACCAAAAUAAACCAGUUGCCUAAU